UGCCCACCCAUAAUCUAGUGCAGUAUAUAAACUUUAUUCUAUAUAGUUGACUUGCAUAACGCAUAGAGAUCUGCUCUUUGUGAAAAGAUGCUUUCCUUAUGUGUUCAAGUGUUUGCCGUGCUGGUUGUCUGUACAGCCGUCACUGCGAACAGAGAUAUUUCAUAUAUGUUCAGAGCUUGGAAUAUGGUUGACCAGCCUUUGCAGGAGCAACUUGCUGUUGUGUAUAAGGAGAUGGACAGCUUGAAACAUGAACAAGUAGUAAUGAAACAAAAGCAAGAAGCCUUGAGCAAGGCAUUAACACACUGUUCACAAAAGCCUAUUGAUACAGACGUGGAGAUGAAUUUGACAUCACUGCAAACAGGCAGCAGCCAUUUGCUGUAUACCCUCACCCAGGAUGGAGAUGAAGGCUCUGGUGAGGAUGAGAGUGAUAAGUCCCCUGACCCCUGCUAUCACUAUACCAUGCUGGACCAUGCCUGGAGAGCCACAAACUACACCACCAAGAAUGUUGUUUGUGACCGUCAUGUCCAGUGGAAGGGCUGGUACCGUCUCUUCUACCGUGGGAAACCCAUCCAGAUGCCUGAGAGGUGUGUGAGGAAAGAAAGAUGUGGCACGCACGUUCCACUAUGGCUCGUUGGCGGUCAUCCCCGGAGACGAGAUGGGGUGGUCACCCGCAAAUUGUGUGGAAACUGGAAAAACAACUGCUGUUUGUUCAAAUCUCCUCCCAUUCAAGUGAAAGCAUGUAGGGGAAACUACUACGUCUAUAAGUUUGUCAAACCAGUUGCUUGCCAUUUGGCAUACUGUGCAGAUAUUAACACACUUGUCUGUGGAAAGUGCAGAAAAUCUGAGUCUUGCAUCAGCAGAGACCAAAUCACCUGGAUGUGUAGGAAAAACAAAAGAGUGAAAGCAAACGUCCAUUUUUUUGUCACCUACCCGGCCAGCAUCUCAGGAAAAGUGAACAGGAUAAUGUACAGGAAGGUGUAUGUGAAUCAAGGAGGGGCUUUCAGCACUCGCACCGGGAUAUUCAGAGCGCCGGUUUCUGGAGUCUAUCAGUUCUUCUACUCCUCACAGACUGGGGGCAGUGGGGCAACUGAUCUAUGGCUGGUUGUAAAUAAUUACUGGGUGGCUGUGUCCCAUAGCAAUGUUCAGGGCUCCAGCUCUUUUGGGAAUCUGUCUACUUACAUGACGACUCUGCGCAAGGGUGCUACGGUUUAUGUGACCCACAACCGUGGCCGCUCUUGGGCAAAUAAUGCAUCCAACACCAUAGUUUUUGGGGGUUCAUUGCUUAUGGUGAGAAAAAUUUAAGGGAUUGUAAGUGUCAUCUGAAGCAAAAUUGGGAACAUUUAUAGUUUAAUUAGAGGCAAAUUCAAUAGUACCAAUUAGUUGGUUUGACAUACAUAAAAUGUACAUGUUCUGCUAGUUCUGUUUAUAUAAUGCUUUAACUAUUUUUAAACAUGUGUCUUGCUAAGAGAUUUAUUCCAAAUGCAAAUAUAUAUAUAAUACACAUAAUAUUUAUGAAUUCUACAAUAAUAAUAGUGUAAAAGAAAACAAUAUUUGUUCUCUUGCUGAAAGAAUCCCUUGCUGAAAGAUAUAUUUCAAAUUAAAAUACUGCUUUUGUUCCUAUAAAAAUGCCAUGAAAUAUUGUGUCUUGUGUAUAAGAAUAUACAAUUUUUAAUUAUAUUUAAAUGUAUAUUUUAUAUUACUAAGUAAUAUUGUUCAACAAAUAUUGCUUUUAUAAUAUUACAUUAAAAAUAUAUAUUUUUAUUUAAAUAUAAUUAUAAUAUUGUAUUAUAAUAAUAACAAUAAUAUAUAAUACAAAAAUUUUAAAUCGAUUAAAACAUAAAUAUUUAUAACAAAUAUUGUUUGUAAAUAAUUUUGUUUUCUUUUUUACUAUUGUUGUUGUAGAUAACUUUGCUAAACUAUUAUAUAAGUGUUAGGAAUAAUAUUGUCCCAAUCUCCUAGAGACACAGGUGGGGGCAGCAGAGUCAUCUCAUUGUGUUUAAUCAGGGAGGAUGUCACUUUGCCACAGCUGAACUGAGCAACUUGAAGCCAUCUUCAGUUGUCAUUAAACUUAAACAACUCCUCCUCAUGUUUUGAGGUCGAUACAGACACGUUGACAACCAGCCCCAAAAUCAUGUACGAAACAAAUAAAUGUGUUUUAUAAUAUAAAAAAGAAGAAAAAAAAGUUCACUCACUAUUGUGCUUCCCUGUAAAUUUGGUUUUGUGUUGUUAAAUUUCAGGUUUGUUGUAAUUAACUUAAAUAAUUUGCUGCAUAACUGUAAUAUGGUUCUCUCAAAUGGGAUUGCAUGCAUUUCCUUAUAUGGUCAGAGGACAGACGGACAUUCCAGGGAUAUUCAGAAUCUCACUAAUGACUAGGCUAAUAGUCAAAAAGAAUGCUAACUAUGCUCAAUUCAAAUGUGACUGUCCCCUUCAAAUUACUGAUAUUAUAAUGCCAAUUAUGAAAAAAAACAUUUAACGUUUUCUUAUUUCUUAGACUAGUAGGCCUAUGUAACGUAUGUUACAACAACGUAUUUUUAAAUUAUGAAUAGCAAUCCAGUGAGAUAACUCUUAAGUUAUAUUUCACUUAGAUGCUAAGAAUUAUUUACAGUACUUUUUUUUUGCUAAUAGUCGCUAUCUAAAAAGCGACACGUUGCUUCCAGUAUUAGGCUACUGUAUAAUUCGCUGUAUAAUGUAUUAACUGUAUUAUGAUUUAAAUUUCGGCGAUUAACUAUUCGCUUCUGGAUAGCUUGAAUUGGCCUGUUGAAAAUGUUGGAUUAGGUAAUAAAAAUAAGUAUGCUACUGC